AACUAUCGAAGUGUCCAGUUGUUUGUGGCUGGGAUGUGCAAUCGAAGUAUCGAACUAUCGAAGGGUCAUUGAGUUUCGAUUUUCGAAGUCCAAAGUCUCUGAAUUCUGAACAUGAGCUUUGCGCGAAUGAGCUGAGUGAAGAUUGAAGACCCAGUCGAUUCGUUCAUGAAUAUGCAUGGAAUCACCCAAACUCUAGAAACGACGAUAAGGUUCGACUCUCUCAGUAUUUGUUGUUCUUCUAAACCUCCUCACAGUUUUCUCUAUCUGAAGAACCAAGCAAAAUCUUAUAUACCCAUUCCUAGAUAUGGCCGAAGAAGCGAUUUCAAUCUUUUUCUGUUCGCUCCACAGUCUUUCUCGCCGAGUUCCAAGAAGAGGGCCAAACGUAACUGUUAUACCCUUUUAAGAGCAAGCCGAAGAGAGUCUCCGUAUGAAGUUUUGGGCGUCUCGCCCACCGCAACACCUGAAGAAAUUAAGAGAGCUUAUAGAAAGCUUGCGCUCAGGUUCCAUCCUGAUGUUAACAAGGAGGCCAAUGCUCAGGAGAAGUUUAUGAGGAUAAAACAUGCAUACAAUACAUUAUUGAACUCAGGAUCUCGGCAGAGAUAUGAUUUUGGAAAUAGUGCAUCCAGUUAUUCCAGCUCCAGAGAUCAAAGAAACCAAGAUGAGGAGUUCUAUGGUUUUGGUAACUUUGUGAUGGAUGUUCAAAUAACAAUAGAGGACUUCUUUAGAGAUCUCCAAGCAGAAUUCCGUAACUGGGAAGCUGAUGUUGGUUCACAAGGAAAGCCAAAGAGCUUAUGGGAGGAAUUGGCGGACAUUGGUGAAGAAUUUGUGGAAUUUCUAGAGAAAGAGCUGAACAUAACCGAUCCCAAUGUUGAAAGCGGAAACAACAAUGAAAGUCCGCCAAGUGGUGAUCCAUAUGAAAAAUCCCAGUCAGGCAGUGGGGAAGAUGACCAAAACAAAGCAGACAAUGAGAGCAGCAUUGAGGACAAUAUCGGUGAUAUUGAGGCCACUCUUGCUAAGUUGAAGAAGGAAUUGGGGCUAUAGGGAAACAUGGAAUUUCUUUUGUAUGUUUGUCGAAACGAAGAGAAAACAAAACUGUGGUAUUUCUUAUGGGAAGAUGCUCAUUUGACCUUCAGAUCUCCCAUUAAAUCCUCUUUGCAGGUCUCUUCUUGAUUCACUGGUGAAAUGGCAAAAGAAGCUCGUGUGCAAUACCAGUUUUUACAUCAUUUUGGAGCAGAUCAUCAAGACUUGUUGAGAGAGCUUGUAUAAACCCACCAUUUAGCUUUGAGGAUCUUUAAUAGUCUUCACCUCUCAUUGCUUCACCAAUUAAUCACACAAUAUCAGUGCCAAGGCUUCAUGUCUCUUACAUGUGGAUAAUUUGGAGAAGUCAUCCUGUAGACUAAAAGUGGUUGCUCCCUCCCCCUCCCUCUCCACCUUCCUCUAUUGAGUGUUGAGUACAUUCAUAAUCAUAAUGUCCUAAUUUAAGCAGUUGGAAAUGUCACUCAUGGAGGGACUUCUUGAUUGUUUUGA